AGCACACCUUUAGAAUGUCAGGUACACGAGGGAAACGUGAACAAAAUAAUAUUUUUUUUAACCUGUAAAGAUGAUUUUUGAUAUAUGAUGGAUAGAAAUGGGAUGUGUUCAGUCAAGAAUUUUUCCAGAUGUUUACAAAGAUAAAGAUAAAACACCUACCAACAAUCCUAACGUCUUACGAGGAGACGUGUCACUGAAGUUUGAGGCCAAGGUUAAACGCGAGAAAACAUUACACGAUAAAAUGGUCAGCAAGACUUUCGCUGCAGAGGAAAUGUCGGGAAGAAUAAUGGAAGAAAGAGAAAGAUUGUCAUUGGGGACGAGAUCUAGGGCUACGUCGGGAACCAGUUCACCCGUCCCUAGCAACAGUACCCGAAAGCAAGUCCAUUUCAAGGCAGAUGUAAGCGAAGAAGUUCCAAAAUUCAAGAAAGGAGGCAAAGUAAAAAAUUCACUGAAUCAUGCUAGUAGUGAUGAAAAACAAAUAACAGUUACCAUAGCAGGGGCACACAGCAUCCAAUCAAAUGAUACGUUAGAUCAACCAAUCAAUGACAACAGCUCAAACGACUUGAACAGUUCUCCAAAAAACAGUAAACUGACAACGAUUGAAGAAAGGACAAGUAGUCGAGCUAGUGGUCAUAGCGCGUCAGAAUCAAAAAGAGGCUAAGUGGACCCCCAUAGUAUUUGGCACUGUAUUGUUGACUACAAGAAAGAUAUUAUAUAGCUGUUAACUUAUUUUAGUCUAGUCCUUUUUUGACCAAUUAACCUGCAAUAUAUGAAAAAUAUUUCUGUAAGUUGUAUGAAUGAUGAUCUAUGAAAUCUUUGAUAGUUCUUGAGAGAAACUUAAGGGCAAUUUUUUUAAAGUCAAUCCGGAUCAAUUUAACUCGGAUUAACUUCAUCCACAACAUUUGAUUGAUCCAUGUUAUGUUCACACUGCAGGUGAGGGAUUUAAACUAAACUUUAUCAUCGAAGUACAUUACUGUGACGUGAUAGCAUCACAAUUGAAUUCUGUAUUAAGUUAUGAAAUAUGAUUAGGGUGGAUGCAAUGUGAGCUAACCCACAUAUACCCAGGUUUAUCUGGAUUAACUCUGUAGUGAGGACAACCCUUAGACUCAUUCAAGGUUUACUGGUAACUCUUAUAAUUUUCCCUUACUUAUAUUUACAACUAAACCUCAUUAAAAAUUAGGCAUCUUAUUGAUUCUUGUUUAAAAUUUUGAAAAAAAAAAGUUGAAACCAUUAUUCUGAUGUGUAAGCAGAAAAAUUCAAAGUAGACCCUUGGUCAGGUGAACUUUAACAUAAGAUGAGCACUGUGUAUAUGUUGAAAGGUAAACUUAUUAUUUGGGUUUCCCAAAUAGUGAGAUGAGUUAAGUCAGAUGUGGAAACUUUAUACAUGUAGGUUCACAGAUUUGGCUCUUUUUAUCUAAUUGACAAACUCUAAUAAUUAAAAAAAAACAACCAGGUUUAAAUUUUAGGAUCAUUUAAUAUUGGACUAGCUGGAGAGAAGCAUAACUUAAUUAAAUUUUCCAAACUAGUGUGACUAAGUUCAAAAUGGAAUUGAAAGCAUUGCUUGAUGAUUAAAAUUCAAUCCUUAUUGAUUUCCAUUGAAUAAACAAAUGUGAUAUUUUCAUAUUUUAUAUGUAUACACACAAAGGAUUUCUAAAGUGGACAGCCUGCUGAAUUGAAUUUUUCCAAUAAUCUCGUCAGAUUUCAAUUUAAAUUAGGAUCACAUUCAUUAUUGUUGGGAUAAUUAAAUCUCAAUUUAAAACUAAUUACUGUAAUGAGACACACCCGUAAGCAUUAUAUAACUGUGAAUAUAUUAAAAACGGUAUUAAUCUGUGAUUAUUUUUUUUUUACUUAGAAAUUUGCUUUUUAAUACAUGUAUUUAAUCUAAUUUUUUCUUGGUAACAACUUGACUUUUGCCUGGCACUUUGAAAGAGCAGAAGUUAUUCUAUGACCAGAGUAAUUUAAUGCCAAGUGUGUUAACAAAUAUUAGUUUUGAUACUCUUCACUAUUUUAAAGCUUAAGGUUAUAUGAUUGCUUUGAGUAAAUAGAUUUGUUCUUUUAUUUUUAAAGUAAAAGAGGGUGUGAUGAUCUGAGGGCUCAGUGAGUAGGGUCAUGUUUUGUUGGUGAUGUAAGUUACUCUCAGUUAAACUUUCUUGGAGUUAUAGAGCUGGGGUAACCAUCUGCAGUCUCUAAGAAUCACAUUUUGCAGGUAGAGUAAGUUAAUCAUGGUUACAUUAUCUUGGGUAUCUGUAAAGGUCACACUAUCUUGGAGGUCAUCUGUAAAGGUCACACUAUCUUAGAGAUCAUAUAAAAGUCAAACUAUUAUGGAGGUCAUAGAUUUGUAGAGGUCAAAAUAUCUAGAGGACGAUAAAGGUCCGACUGUUCUAUAGGUCAUAGAUCUGUGAAGGUCACACUAUUUUGAAGGUCAGACUAUCUUGGAGGUCAUGUAGAGGUCAGAUUGUGAUGGAGGUAAGACCCUCAGUGAACUGCUAGGAGAGAUAUUUCUAUAUAAUCUAAUAAUUCAUCAUUUUCUCUCUACCUAUAAAAUAAAAAGCUUGUCUCAGAAAUUGUUCUACACAGAACAUUAAAUUUGCCUCAGUUUCAUUUUUGUCUCUCAUUAUUCUGUUAGAGCGCUGUCAUAUUUAUAAAAAAAAAUCUCCUUUGUUAGACUGGAGGGUCAUUUUUCCUAAAAACCACUGUACAUUAUGUUUAUAAUUUUGUGUUGUGAAAAUAAUGGCUGUGAGGCAGGUUUGUUCACCAGAGUCCAGAUAGCUCAGUCGGUAGAGCUCCUGUCUAUAGGGUUUGGGGGGAACAGGUUCAAAUCCUGCCUGAUCCAUCCCUUCCUCUAUAGAAUAAAUAUGUUUUAGAACUUGUGCUCUAAAUAGUAGUAGUUUGUUGAAUCAAUAUAUUUUGUCAAUUAUAUAGCAAUACUAGCAGUGACACCUUGAUGUUCAUUAUAUAUUCAGUUUGUAACAAAAUCAAUGUGGAUAGUUGUAUAUUACUUGUUCAAUCCUGAACUGCUUUCAAUUGUUGAUAAUUAUAUUCCAUGUCAGGUUGCUGUAUUUGAGGAUAAACCUCGUUCCGCCAGCAUGGUGUACAAGAUGAUAUGGUCGAAUUUUUUAAACUUCUGAUUUCAAUUCUCAGUAAACCUACACAGAAAUGUAAACAUUAAUUGAUCUUUAAUUUAGAAUUAACAGUGAUAAUUAGAAAUCUACAAGUAAAUAAUAAAUUAUACCCUUAAAGAUUCCUGCACAAGUAUUUUCUGGAUAGUAGCAUUAAUAUCGAAGAGUACAUUUAGUACAUAGUUUAACUUCUCUCCCAUACUGUUUUGCAAACAACUAGAUGUCUGUUAUUUAAAAGAAAAGUAUCUGAUGAUAAGGAUUUCAAAUUUGGUUGUUUGAUCUUACAGAUAUUUUAUAUUUCAGUGCAAUCUAUUUGGUUGAUAUUAUUUGUAUAUAUAUACAAUGUACUUAUUACUAAUUAAAUACUUGAAGAUGUUAA